UUGUUCGGGCUCGGGCUUCCUGAAAUCGUCGUCAUCGGUGGCGUCGCCGCGGUGCUGUUCGGCCCGAGCAAGCUUCCCGAGCUCGGAAAGUCGCUCGGGAAGACGGUGAAGAGUUUUCAAGAGGCGGCCAAGGUGCGCGGCGAAGGCGUUGAUCGAGCGAGCGCG